AUGGCAGCUCCCUUCUUACCAGAUCCCAUUGAUGAGGGAGCGAAAUUAAUUAGAUUAGCGUUUUACAGGGAGGGAGUACUUCGAGAUCGCCAAGAUCCUUUAUCACAUAGCGAUGACUUCCGGUACGAGCGCUAUCGCUUCUGCCGACAAGGGAUAGUUUAUUUACAGGACCUUCUCGAGCCUUACGUUGCGAAAACCACACGCCGCAGCGGCACUGUCCCACCGACUAUAUGCAUAGCCUUAGGUUUUUUUGCGAGUGGUACAUUUUUGUACAGUGCCGGCGAUGCGGAGAACAUUGGGAAAGCCACUGCAUGCCGUUCAGUUCGUAAAGUUUGUUUGGCCCAAAAGAAAUCUAUGGAUGUGUUUAUUACAUUCCCUGGCCAUGUCCGACUAAAUGUUAUCAAAGAGGGCUUUUACGGAAUUGGAGAGUUUCCCAAUGUCAUUGGUGCAGUGGACUGCACGCAUAGCCCCAUCAUAUCGCCCUCUGGCCCAAACAAGGCUGAUUUAGUCAAUCGUGAAGGCUUUCACAGCAUUAAUGUGCAGAUGAUCUGUGACUUCACCUGCCUCAUUACCAACGUUGAGGCCCAGUGGCCAGGCUCGGUUCACAACUCCAGAAUAUACACUGUGCCACAGCUUCAAGCAAGGUUUAGCAAAUCUCAUGUCGAUGGACUCCUAGUUAGUGACAGGGGUUAUGCCUGUAAGCCCUAUCUCAUGACGCCCUAUCCAGAGCCAGCACCAGGCCCUCAAGCCCGUUUUAACGAGGCUCUUGCUCGAACGAGGGCCCGAAUGAAGGCGAGAUUCACAUGUCUACGGGGGCUGCGGGUGGCACCAGACAGGGCAUGUGGCAUCGUGGAAUGUGCAGUGCUCCACAAUCUGGCUACGAUUAGGAAGGAGAGGGUACCAGUAAUCCAUGUUGCAGAAUGA